ACCCAUGCGAACUCAUUCGGUAACCAGAAGAUCCGCUCAGAACUGCUCGCGGGCGAGAAGCUCAUGAGCAGGGCGCGCGAUCUGAUCGACACGACCGACGGCCUGAUGGGCGGAUUCAGCCGGACUUACAUGGCACAUGCAUGCCCGCGUCAUGAGGAUCGGGACUUGGCAAUGGCGAUCGGGUCGCACGACUGCAAGGUCGCGAAGCUCCUGGCGAAGCGCGGGAACAUCGAGUGCACGGGUGAGGACUACACGAGCCUCGACCAGAUCGCCCGGGACUUCACGCCCCAGAUGAAGACGCCCCAGGUGGCCGAGGAACUCGGCGUUAGCCUGGGGGGUGAGGAAGGGGCAGGCGCGCCGACACCUGCGUCGUCGGCGCCGUCGGCGGCCCAUGGCGCGGGCCCACUGACUGUGGAGCAGAUGAAGAGCUCCAAGUACAAGAUAGAAGCGAUGGGCGUCGUGAAAGGGGCGGUCGUCAGUUUAAAAGCGGGCGGCGGAAAUGAGGCAUGGGAGGUCACGGAUGCGACCGAGGCGACCGCGCACCUUGCCGACGCGCGCGCUGCUACUAGGCAGCGCGUGGGCGCCCGCGCCAUGGCGCCGAAGACGGUCGACAUCAACGCCGAGCUGGAGAAGAGGAUCAUGACGUUGCUGAGGGGUUUUAAGCGCCAGGUCGCCAUGCAGCCGCGCGGCGUGGACAUCGGCGGCUGGGGCGCCGACGUCGUCAUCGGCGCAUGCAUGCGCGCGGCGCGAGUCGCGCAUGACAAGCAUUGCGAGGUGCUCGCGGCCGUCGCGAUCUUGGAGCCCCCGACCGCGGUGCAUCUCACAGGCGACGCCAAGUACAAAAAAGGCGAGCUCACGCUGGCGGCGUCCAGCACCAGGUUCGUCACGAAGGCCGCUGGCGCGACCUGGACUGACAAGCCGACAUCGGCGGUCGACCUGGGAGCCGUCACGCUGCAGGGUGAUUGCAUGCCACCAUCGGCACUCAACGUCGCCAUCUUACCGCGCUUCGCUGCGGGCGAGAAGGCGAAGAAGCCGCGGGUGGCGCCGCGCUGGCAGGUCCCCAGUUCCUCCGACGACGGCAACGUGAAGCAGAGCGCCGCCGAGGUGGUCUUGACGGACAACGCUGGCACGCACAAGCUGAACGCGCCGUGCGCGGUGAACACCAAGGGGGCGAAGCCAG